CGUCACGUGACUACAGGUGUUUGCUGGCUUGCAACACUCAGACAGCAUUGAAAGGGACGGAGGAGAGACAGCAUGCCAGCUGCCAUUAUGGAAAAUUCAGAAGGCCAAGAUGCCAUACAGGAACUGUGUGAUUCCAUGGAUGUCCUCCUGGACAAGGGAGCAAAGGCAGAUGAUCUGGAUUUCCUCAAAGACAUUCUCCUGGACCCUGCUGUUCUUGGAAUGGUUCAGGCAAAGGAAAACAUAGAGCGCAAGGCACGAGAGCCAAAGACCCUGCAAGCAUGUGACAUAUCAAAGGAGGUGCAAUUCGUCCUGGACAACAACCGGGAAAAGGGCAGCAGAGAGGCUGCAGCCCUAGAGAACAUCAUGCAGAACCCCCACUUCAGAGCGUUGAUGCAGGCCCAUGAUGAGGUGGCCGAUAAGCAGUAUGGGGACGACGUGUUUGACACAAUGCAGCUCGAUGCCCCUCCGCCGCCAGUGUUUAAUGCCAUCACAGAACAGAUUAGAUUUGUCACCAUCAGGAAAUCAACAACAGAACCGCUAGGCAUUACGGUCAAGUUGGAUGAGAUGAAUGACCUUGUCAUUGCCAGGAUCCUGUCUGAAAGUGUCAUCGACCGGCAAGGCUUGUUGAGAGUUGGUGAUAUCAUUCGUGAAGUGAACGGCUAUCCAGUGGCCACCCCAGAGCAUUUGAUGGACAUCAUUAUGGAAUCGGACGGCAACAUCAUGCUCAAGAUCGUACCAUCCUACAAUGACUAUGCCAACCCAGAACCAAAAUACAUGAAGGCUCACUUCACAUACGACCCGCUGAAGGAUCGGUUGAUUCCGUGUAAGGAUGCUGGCCUCCCCUUCCAGGAUGGAGAUAUACUGGAGAUCAUCAAUGAAGAAGACCCCAACUGGUGGCAGUCCCGUAUUGCAGAUGUCAAUGGUCCAACUGGGUUAAUCCCAUCCCAGUCGUUGGAAGAAAAAAGGAAAGCUUUUGUCCAGCCAGAUUUUGACUAUUCAAAAGGAAGUUUAUUGUGUGGUCUGACAAGGAAGAAGAAGAAGAAGUACAAGUACAACAGCAAGGCCAGUAAAGAGUUUGACAAGUGUGACCUGAUGAUCUAUGAGGAAGUUGUUCGGAUGGCACCAUUCAAACGUCGGAUCCUUGUGCUGGUGGGAGCACAUGGGGUGGGUCGUCGCUCGCUCAAAGAACGCCUCAUCAGGGAUGAUCCGAAGCGAUUUGGUGCCGUCAUGCCACACACAUCUCGGGCUCCAAGAGAAGGCGAAGAAAAUGGAAAAGGCUACUACUUCAUCGACAGAGAGACAAUGGAUGCUGAUAUUGAUGAUGCCAAAUAUAUUGAAUAUGGAGAAUUCAAUGGCAACCUUUAUGGCACAAAGAUAGAGUCAAUCUAUGAUGUGAUCCGCAGUGGAAAGAUGUGUGUGCUUGAUGUCAACCCAACAUCUCUCAAAGUCCUGAAGUCACCAGAGUUCACGUCCUACAUCGCAUUCAUUGCUGCCCCCAGCGUUGAGGCCCUCAAGGUCAUGUAUGAAGAUGGCAGGAAGCUCUUGAGGGGCACUAAGGACAAAAGAGGAGUCAACAUGGUGGAACUGAGAUCGGAGGAAGAUUUUAUCCGUACAGUGCAAGAAAGUGCUCAGAUCGAGCAGGUAUACAAGGCAUAUUUUGAUGAGACCAUUGUCAACGACCGCUUUGAAGAAACAUAUCGAUCCAUACGCAAAUUGUUAGGGGACAUGGAGGUCCUUCAACAGUGGGUGCCAGUCAACUGGGUCUACUGAGGCAUCAUCAGAGAGACAUGUGUCUGGUGGAGAUAACAUCACCAGAAAAACAGGAAUUGUCUGGAACAUGGCAUGUUGAGGCAGUGCUUUGAGUGUAUUGCGGAUAGCUCACAAUGUGUUUCAGUGUUGCUGGGGAUGUACCAAGUCAACCCAUUGUGGGUCGUUCAGAUCAUCUGCCUUGUUUGCUAUCAUGAAUAGUGCAGUUGUAGUCACUUCACCAUCACCAAAACCUCACCCUAAAAUGAGAAUUAUGGAAUUACUUAAAAUCAGGUCAUAGCAACCGGAAUGCAGCAUCAUUCAUUGCGACGAAGAAAAACUGUCAGGCUAUAUUCAGAAUAUUGGUGUAGGAGUUUCUCAGGCAUUAUAUGACUGGAUGCAGUUUGUAUGCGGAUAUAAUAACAUCACUAAACAUAUUUAUAGCUUGACUUUUACUAUCAUUGUUUAUGGAGAUGAACGAUGAGUAGAGUUUACAGGGCUGAUGUUGUUUGGCAGAGCCCUUUUUGGUUUAAUCUUGAAUUGUAUUGUGGUGCUGAAUUAGGUUUACAAGAAGAUUGUGUUAGGUGUUGGUGCGCAUUACAAGUGCCAGAUGUGGGUUGUUGAUCCUGUAGUUUUGAAACAGAAGUUAUGUAAUAGCAACUCAAGGCAGAAUAUGCAUGUAACCAUGGUAACACAAAUAAAACGAGAAGCAUUAUCGAGAAGUCACAAAAAUCAUCUUGGUGAAGGUUGUCUGAAUGGCAUUCUAAUGAUAAGAAAGAACUACAUCAUUUUGUUAUUCACACAAAAAAUACAGAAAACUUUCUUUUGAAUAUGGCCAGUGUUAUUGGAGAAUGGGUGUUGAAAUUGAAUCCAGAUUCAGGGGCAUUAUGUUUACCGUUAUGUUGUGGUGACAACUUGCUCGCCCAGGUGAAAAUGGUGUGCGUAUCUUCUAACUAAUCUAUUAUUUUCUCUUUCAUGAAAUAAUGACAAUCACAAGUUUCCUGGUGGAUGUCUUUUUCAUAUGAAAUUAUUGAUAGAUUUCCUUCUCCAGUGCUGUAAUACAUGUGAUUGGAAACCCACCUUGAUUGAAAUAAGGCUGUUUAACAUUGGUUAACAAGUAAAGACUCUCUGAAUAAGCCAGGAAAUGUACAAGAUGCCAGUAACAUUACACGGACUGAUGGCUCCAGUUUCUGAUUCUGGACACAUCCUGGUCUGUUGCUGGGAUUGUGUGUCCGAGUCGUUAAAUAUAGUUUCCUGAAAAAACAACCUAGUAAUGUUUUUCCACUCCUGAGGGUGUAUGUAAUAUCCUUACCACCUGUUAUUCAGACACCCGUGAAGAUCAGCAAACAUGCUUGUAAGUGGCGACUAACAGGAUUGGGUGGUCAGGCUCAUGUCAUCGUAUCCCAGUUACAUGUGUCGAUGCUCAUGCUGUUGAUCACUAGAUUGUCUGGUCCAGAUUUGAUUAUUUCCAGACCGCCAUCAUACAGCUGGAAUAUUGCUGAUUAUUCUGUAAAACUAAACUCACUCACUCACUAUUCAGAUUUGAACCAUUCUUGAAUAAGUUGUCAAAUUGUCUUUGUUGUUGCUGUGCAGUGUCACCAAGGUUACAAGAACAGGAACCAUCAGUCCUCAGUAUAUCACCUGAAGCUAGGUUAACAUGGUGUCUCUUGAGUUAACAUGUUCAUGCUUCAGUUAACCUGUUCAAAAUAAAGUCAACGUAUUUCAGUUUACAUGUGAUUUGUUUGAAACGUUCAUACUUUGUUAAGAUAGCUGGGCCAAGACUUUUGAAUAAACAACUGAAACACAAAUAUGCUGAAAGUGUGCUUUGCAAUGGUGGUUUGAAACAGAUUCUGGGUCAAUGGUUUCCUGAAUGAGAAAAACUGAAGUAAUAUUCGUGUUGUUAUCGUUGAUCCUCUUGCCAUUUAUUUGUGUCAACAUUUCAUGUUGUAGAAACUAUAUUUAUGUAAAACAGGUAUUUGAAAAAGACACCUACUAUUUUCUCACCGAUAUUGUUAGUUACUGAAAGUGCGUGUGUUAUGGCGUUCCUUUCUAAUUGAUGAAAAUAGAAUUUCCAAGCUAAGUCUUACCCUGCGUUCUUAGGUGUGAGACACUUGUACUUACUUGCAGCAAAACACAUUUUUCAACCCUGUUUGUUCGUACCAACUAUUUACAUGAUGCUUUCAUAUUUGUUGGCACUUGUGCUAAGGAUUAACAUACAAAUAUGCGAAAUAUUUGAUAAGAUAGAGAUGAGAGGUUCAUGAAAAAUAACCAAUUUUUUUUUAGUAUAUUGGCUAUACUUCAUAUUUAUGGGUAUUAUUUAAUGUAUUUCACAAUAAAACUUCAAACAUUGAUUUUUGCUCAUUUUGGUAUCUGUAGCAAAUAACUAAGACUUCUGUAUAGUCCUUAAUGCAUGCAAGAGUUACUUCCCUUACUCUGCAAGACAAUAUAUAGAAUGAUCAGCAGUGCUUCUCCUUGCUUAAAAUGAGUAAUCCAAUAUUUGUUGAUGUAUUUGUUCAGUUUUCUGUCACUGUCAUUUUAAUCAGUUUAAUGAUAGGAUUGAAUGGUACGGUAGAAUUAAUUAGGACUGUGUGUAGGUGCAUUUGAGAAAUAUUUGUUUUGCAUAUGUGGGCCAAUAUGAACUGGAGUAAGAAAUAACGUUUGUAUGCAGAUGUAAUAAAAAAAAUAGAAAAUAUAAUUGGUACUAACUCAUAACAGUGUAUCAUUUUGAAAAUGCCUGUUGAUGAAACGGGGAAGGAAACAAAAGAACUUUUUGUUAUAUUAUUCUGUUAUACAAGAAGCAAUGGCCACGCCUAAUUGGAUAAUUAUGUGUAAUUGUUCCAUAUUAUGCCUUUAUCAAAUCCUGAACUGCUCUUAGUAGCAGAAUUGUGUAAUCAGCAAUAUUUCCUGUGGGAUCCGUGUAUAAUUGUUGUUGUUGUUGAUGUACAGAUGUAUCAUUGUCAUACUGUAUAGCCACUGCUGCCAUGUUAAUCAUUCCAGAUUCUUGUCAUGUAAUACACACAGACACAAUAGAUGCAGGUCAUUCCAACGGGCUUUGGUGUGACAGGUGAAGCAAAAUGAAAACUUUGUAAGGUAUUCUGUCUGGUAUGACAAUAUUAGUUUGUUAAGGCCAAAUAAAUAAAGGUUGUGGUUUCGAUUACAAUUCUGUAAUAUUUAGGGUAGGUAGGUAGGAUUUUAUUUAUUUUUUUACGUUUUUUUACAGGAAAGUACAAACUAAUAACACAUUUAUCAAUGUGUAAUUGUUUAUUCAAUCAAGCUUGUGGCCAUCAUGUCGACUUUCUCUAUCAGAAUAACUAAUGGUGCUGGGGAAGUAACAGUGGUAUCUGAAAGCUUAUUUUAUUCAUGCCACUUAAAAAUAUAGAGUCGGCACCAGAAUUCAAGGGUCGGUCGGGUAAUCCGAACCACAACAUUUAUUUUUUAGGCCUAAUCUACAGUUGUGAUUGAUACAGUUUGAAGUGAGAACAAAAAUUAUUUGUUCUUCUGUUACUGGUUGAAGCAUAGGACCUGAAUGUAAUGCCAGAAUCGGAGAUAUCUGUAGAUAAUGUCCGGUGGCAUAAACUUUGAUUCCUCGGAACACCUGGCCCAGGCAGAUUUCAUAUUCCUGCCGUUUUGUGAUUUGUUUUACAUAGUAUUAGUAUGCUCAAUAGAAUUCAAGUAUAUUUCUUUUCAACCAUUUAUUGUUAUCAAUCAUUUUGAACAACAGUUGGUGCAUUAUAAGAAUGUUGUGUUGUAAUUAUCAUAUAUGGAGUUGAUUAUUGUUUUGGAGUUUCACUGCUGUAGAGCUGAUUAAUGAUUGCAAAGCUCCAAAAAUUAAGUCCUAUCUACAACAGAGUCUGUCGGUUUUACUUUGUCCCUCCCUUUGUAUAAGAUGGGUAAGGGGGUACAGGCAGCAACUGUGUAUAUAGUAUAUCUUGUCAAUAGUGCCUUGCACCCUUGGAUGAAAUAACCCGACAAGAUUACCAACACAGUACUGUCCAACAUGUCUUAGCAUAUAAAACUGUAUGCCCACUGUCAGUAAUUUUUAUAUGCUUAUAAAUAUUUUUUCUGACAAGAUACCAUUUUUGAAUUUGAAAAAAAAAAUGUUUAGAAGUUCUUUCUUUGAGUUUUCAUAUCAACUUACUAGUUAAUGUAUUUUCAAUUCGUGAGGACUUCAUCAUUACUAUGCUUGUUAGGCAGCAGCUAGAAUUAGUUAAUUAGUUCAUUGGUAGAAUAUACCUUAGAAUCAAAAUGUAAAUUAUUUGUGAUCACUUCUAAAGCAUUCCUUAUGGAUUUGUACAUACACUAAUAAUGACAUCAUAAGCCAGUGUGAACUUAGUGACCUUUGCACUCUGACCUAUGCACCAAAUAACACAGUGUGCUGUCACAUUAUUUUUAUGAAGAGUAUAUUUUGAAAAAUGAGAUGUGAUAUAUUGAAAUUUACCUUACAAAGUUGUGUAAUUUAUGCAUUGUGUAACUCCCUCCAGAUUGUCAGUGCCUGAUUCUAGUUUUCUAAAACCUGGAUGGCAAAAUAUUGUCAUGUUAACUGUACACCUGAAAUAUUUGUUGGCGUUUUUGUUAAGAACUGUUAGAAUGUUUUCCUGCCUGACCUAAGAUGUUCUCAUGGAUAUACUUGUAAAAGUUAUUUAAUAGACUUUCAAGAAUUGUUUUCAAUUUCAAUAUUUCUACAUUUUUUCUGUUUCUUUACUCCAUUUGGGAUUGAAUCAGUUUUGUAAAGUGAUUGUACAGACUUUACUAGUUUAUAUCUAUUAUCAUAUUUGGGAAGAGAGUUUUAGAAAUUAUAUAGUACAGUAUUUAGUAUAGAUGUCUUCCAUUAGAAUACAAUUAACUUGGGUUUUUAAUGGUGGAAUAAAUCUAAGCGUUGUAUCUGUUAUUAUAAAAGUGAUUUAUCUAUAUAAAAAGGUUGAAACAUCAGUAACAUCGCAGUCUGUGCUUUAAACUUGGGAAUAUUGUCUAAUUUGCCGAGUUGAUGUAAUCUAGGGUCAUGUUGAAUAAUUGUUUAUAUUGUGUAUUAUGAUGAACGGGCUGUUAUAAACGCACCAUAGAUUUAACUUGGUUAUGACAAAUAUAAGGAUUGCAUAUAAAUGUUAAUUGGGAUCCGUUUAGUUGUGAUCUGGAAAGAAUUUGUAAGAUGUGCAAAUUUAUAUUGAAUUUUGUGAACGUUUCUGACUAGUAUCAUGUCACAGCUAAUAGAGUAAUAAGGCAAAACUUGUAGAGGCCUUGUCAUUGAGCAAUAUUCAAUCCUCACUUAAUAUGGUUGUUUUAUAUUUGAUGAAAUUUAUUAGUCGGUACCAGGCAAAUGAAAACCCUCCAUCCUUCUUAAGGAAUAUUGUUAUUCCUAUUGUUAAACAAGAUAACACCUAUUUUGCUAGUAAUAUAAAACACAACACCUAUUUCAGUAGUAGCAUAAAACAAGAUAAUACCUAUCUCGCUAGU